AUGUCCAUACCCAACGGCGCCAACCUCGUCAAAGUAUCCGACGAUCUCUACUGGGAUCGGAGAUCCACAAUAACCAAGAAACGAUUCCCCACGCUCGACGACCAGAAUCCAUAUAUAGAGAGGGUCGAAGCACUAGCAAAACGGGGCAUGAAAUUCGAAUACUACCAUGAAUUCAAAACCCAACUAAUGGUUAUCAAAAUCCCAAUUCCUUUGCAACCAGGUGUUCUGGAUUACGGCCGUCGUUCUCCGACUCUCACACAUAUCAGAGCAGUGAGCGGUAAAGACGAUACAGGAGAAUCGUUCUACAUUCCCAUCGACACGCGGAACAUAAUGAGAUGGGCCAUAAACACCCUGGAAGCUAUCAUCAAGGGAAAAUCAUGGCCUAACGGCGAUGAUUUUCCGGGAUAUUUGGUAUUGGAAUGCGUUGUUUACCCCCAUGAUGCGGACCUUUGGAAAGAGCUCAGGUGUUUGAUCUAUGAGAUGGAAUAUCUGGGAGAUCUGUUAACAAAACAGGAGGUGGUUUUUCCUUAUCUUCAUGGAAUUUGCCACAAGAUGGACUUCAGUUGGAACCCUACCAGUUUUCAGGUUGCAAGGAUUCGGAAUAUCGGGGUAGCAGAAGGUUGCUUCUUUCAAGAAAGUCUGGGACAUUUGGAUGCAAGUCUGGUAUUUGGUUAG